GAAUUAAAAUACUGAAACGUCAACAUGAUCGUGAUGGAAUCUGCUAAUCAAAUUGUGAAUUUCCACUGAUUUCUUGAUUUUAUUUUUAAAUCCGUGCAUGAUACUCAAAGUAAAAGUUUAUGACGUGCGGCGUAAUGUGUAGUGAAAAGCAAAUAUGUAGUGUUUUGUGAAUAUAAGACGAAAUUCUAAGUUAUCUAGCAAAUAGUUGUUGAUGUUGUGUCAGGUUUAGAUAAAAAUUGUUAAAAAUGUCGCUCCCCGGGAACGGUAUUUUCGUGGUGCAGGGUGAGAUGUCGAUGCUGGUGACCGCCAUGCGGCGGAGCACCAGAUGGGGCUCUCACUCCUUCCCAAACGAGGAGUACGAUGUACUUAUGCGAACGUUCCAAGAUUUGAAAACUAUUCUGAACCAAGUGGACGAUUUACGUUUAUUAGACCCUGCGACUUACUUGAGCCCAUUCCUAGAAGUGAUCAGGAGCAAAGAGACCACAGGGCCUGUGACCAGUCUAGCUCUCUCAGCCAUCCACAAGUUCCUAUCAUAUGGCCUUAUAGAUCCAACUCACCCAAGUGUGCCUGCAACAGUGGAAGACAUAGCCGAUGCUGUGACCCACGCUAGAUUUGUUGGCACUGAUCACUCAUCAGAUGGAGUUGUGCUCAUGAAAAUAUUACAAGUCCUCCGUACGUUGAUGCUGAGCCCUGAAGGCGCCAUGUUGACUGACGAGAGCGUCUGCGAGAUCAUGCUCAGCUGCUUUCGGAUCUGUUUCGAAACUAGACUUACUGAGCUUCUCCGUCGCAACGCGGAGCAGUGUCUCCGGGACAUGACGCAGUUGAUCUUCAUGCGGCUGCCACAGUUCCCGCCCGAGGACGCCGCCGCCGCCGCCUUCUCUACUGUCGGACUGUCGCUCAAGAAGAGAGAGAAGUCGGGCAAGAAGAAAACAUUGACGAGUGCUAAUAGUCAAACUUCACUGGAAAGGAAAUCAUCCAUAACGGAGCAGACGAACAUAUCAACAGUAGAUAACGAAGCAAAUAAAAGUGAAAAUAUUAAACACAGCCAAGACAAAAAUCUGUUAAACGAAGCGGAGAUCACAAUAGAGCCGGUGGAAGUGAAGAGUCCGAAGAAACAUGGCCGCCACUCCUCGAUGGACCUCGCGGCAAACGGGAACACUUCCAUAACACAGCUGCUCGAAAAGUGCGUGGGGGGAGAAGGAGCAGUGGAAGGAAAGGAAGAGGAGAAACAGGAGACGCCAGAGGAAGUGAAAGAGGAGAGCGUGGCAGACCAACAAGAGCCGGACGGCGCUAAGCAGAGCAAGCCGAAGCCACCUUCAGAGGAGACGGUCGAGGCGGCAUCCGAUACAGCAGACAAGGAGAAGCUGGAAGAGUACGUGAACCACAGAGGCAUCCGGUUCACGCCGCAGCAGGACGCCGUCAACCUGCAGCCGUACGGGCUCACGUGCGUCAGGGAACUGUUCAGGUUCCUGAUAUCCCUGUGCAACCCUCUGGACUCUCAGAACACGUCCGCCAUGGUGCAGCUUGGGUUGUCGUUAGUGGGCACUGCCCUGGAGGUGGCUGCGGACCAGCUAGCUACUUACCCGUCACUGCUGUACUUGGUGAAAGAUCCAUUGUGCAGGAAUUUGCUCAGUUUACUUAGCACAGAACGCAUAUCCAUCUUCGCUCUCGACCUCCAAGUGACGUUCCUACUCUUCGAAGCGUUGCGUUUCCACCUCAAAUUCCAGAUAGAAGCGUUCUUCAAGAAGAUUAUAGAGAUAAUAUCGGCCGACACGACGAAAGCGAUAUACGAGCUAAAAGAGAUACACCAUUUAGCUAUCGAGAGUAUCAUCCAGCUAUUCAGAAUACCGGGAUUCUGUACUGAGCUAUAUCUGAACUACGAUUGCGAUGUCUACUGCAUGAACACUUUCGAAGAAAUAACUAAACUACUGUCGAAGAAUGUGGUGUCUUCUACGGCGUAUAACAUUCAUUCUCUAUCAUUAGAAGCUUUGCUGACGAUCAUUGAAGCGAUAGAGACGGGUAGUCAAAUGAAGGAAGAGGUGAAAGAGAUAGAUAUAUCUAGCGAAGAGUGUGAGAAAGAGACGAGGUAUGGCAGGAGUGGCCACGUGACGCUCGAGCUGGGUGGGUUGGAUGACGCGAGUGUCGUGAGUGAUCACGUGACACAUGAUAUUAGUCAGUACGUGGGCGUGGGGAGAGCGGGGAGACACAAGCCGUCGACCGAUCUCCCCACGGAGGCAGAGUUGGACAAUAUCAAGAAUAUGAAAAAGUGGGUAACACAAGGCACAGAAUUGUUUAAUCAGAAACCAGAGAGAGGUAUAGAGUUCCUUCAGGAGCACGGAGUGUUGGCCACGCCGCUAGAUCCACAUGAGGUAGCCAUAUUCCUGAGAGAGAACCCUGAUCUGGACAAGAAGAUGAUUGGUGAAUACAUCUGCAAGCGCUCGUGCCGCGGCGGCGAGGAGGCGGAGGGCGGCGGCUCCAGCGUGCUGGGCGCCUUCGCGGACUCCUUCGACUACGCGGGGCUGCGCAUCGAGCAGGCGCUGCGCCUCUACCUCGAGACCUUCCGCCUGCCCGGCGAGGCGCCGCUCAUAUUCCUCGUCAUGGAGAGGUUCGCGGAGAGGUGGCAUUCCACGAACGGUGAACCGUUCGCGAACACAGACGCAGCGUUCCGGCUCGCGUACGCGGUGAUCAUGCUCAACAUGGACCAGCACAACCACAACGCGAAGAAGCUGAACGUGCCCAUGACCGUGGAGGACUUCGUGAAGAACCUGCGCGGCUGCAACGGCUCCGGCGACUUCGACCAGACCAUGCUUGAGCAGAUAUUCCACUCUAUCAAGAACGAGGAGAUGGUGAUGCCUGCGGAGCGCGUGGGGUCGGUGCGCGAGGCCUAUCUGUGGCGCGUGCUGCAGCGCCGCGGCGCUGCGCCUGCUGGACGAUACCGCGUGCCGCCCUCUGCGCCUGCGCAACAACACCAGCACUUGCUCGCCAGGCUCUUCGCACUCGCCUGUCCGCCUGCUGUGACGGCGCUGUCGGCCGCUUUCGAGCGCGCGGCGCCGCCGAGCGCGGAGGAGGUGGAGAGCGGCAGCAGCAGCAGCAGCAGCAGCAGCAGCAGCAGCGCGGCGCUGCAGGCGCUGGCGGGGCUGGAGCGCUGCGCCGCGCUGCUGGCGCGCACGCCGCCCGACGCGCUCCGCAUGGACACGCUGCUGCUCACGCUCUGCAAGUUCACCGGCCUGCUCGCGCCCGUGCACCCCAACUACAUCGCCAUCGGCGUGUCGCUGGGCCAGUCGCUGAAGGCGCAGGCGGCGCUGCGGCGUGGCUGUGGCGUGUGGGCGCGCCACGCGCAUACCGCGAGGGACGCGUGGCGACACCUGCUCGAGAUAGUGCGCACGCUCUACGUCGGGCGGCUGCUGCCCAAGUGUCUAGUGGAGGCGGAAGACUACUUGUCUCCGAGCGGCACCGUGUCGCUGAUCAGGGAGGCGGCGCGCGGCUCCGAAGCCGGGCUGUUGUCUAGUCUCUACUCUUACAUCGCGCUUGGAGAGAGUGGUAUGCGGGCUCCCACGCCUCACGAGAAAGCACUGAUCGACGCGGCGACAGAUUGCGUCGCCAAGUGCAACCUGCCAGGGCUGCUCAUCACGGAGACUAAGUUCUUACCAAUUGAGAGCUUGCAGGAGCUGAUCAGAGCCAUGGUGGCGGCGGGAACUCCUCCCGACGCCGACAGCCUCCAACUGAACCCUCAGUUGGAGGACAUCGUCAUAUUCUUCUUGGAACUACUCGGACAGACUCUUAUUCAGAACAGAGACCGGCUGGGCGCGGUGUGGGAGGAGGCGGGCGGGCACAUGCGGCGCGUGGUGUGGUGGGCGGCGACGCGCUGCGCCGAGGUGGUGGCGCGCUGCCUCACGGCGCUGCUGCGCACGGCGGCGCGCCUCAUGCGCUGCGACCACUGCGCCGCGCCCGUGCUGCACCACCUCACGCUGCUCUUCCAUCUGCCCUACAAACUCUUCUACCAGCAGGCCGACGUCAUCUCGUGCGGCGUGUACGAGCUGGUGAAGACGUCGGCGCAGAACGUGCACAGCGCGGCGGAGUGGGACGUGGUGUUCGCGCUGCUGUGUGCCGCCGGCGCCGGCGCAUGGCCCAACCAGGCGCCUAACAACUCUUACAACUCCACAACGUCGAGUCGGUCGGAGGGUUCUGAGGACGAGAGCGAGCGCCGGCCGACCAGCGUGUCGUCUGAGAGCGAGCUGUCGCACUCGCCGCAGACGCAAGGAUGGAUACUGGUGAAGAGUUCGGCGGACUCGCCGACGUCGAGCUCGGCGGAGUGGUGCGGCGUGUCGCUGCGCGCCCACCGCGCGUCGGCGCUGGCGCGCUGCGCGGAGGCGCUGGCGCUGGUGGUGCGCGACGUGGCGCACGUCACGCCCUACAACUGCCGCGCCGCCGUGCGCGCCGUGCGCAUCUUCGCCGCCGCCACCGCGCACCACGGUAAGAAACCAGGCAAAACUCGUGACGGUCGUAAGUCAAGGCCGAGUUCAGCUCGUCGACGCGGCUACGACGAUUCCAGCGACGAAGAGGUGGACACCUUGGACCAGUACCACAUGGUCAGCAUACAGCUGCUGGACCUGAUGCACACACUGCACAGCCGCACGGCGCAGAUCUUCAAGUGGUGGCGCGACGAGGCCGAGCAGCGCACCGAGGAGUACGACCUCUGGGACGUGGCCUGGAAGCCGUUGCUGCAGGGCAUCGCCAUGUUCUGCACUGAUAGGAGGAAGCAGGUGGCCAAUAGCGCCAUAGCGUACCUCCAGCGAGCUCUAUUAGUCCCGGGUCUCUCCGCAAUGGGCGGCGCCGGGUGGGAGGCUUGUUUCGAGAGCGUGCUGUUCCCACUGCUAGAACAGCUUCCCAGGAGAGCCGACACCGCGGCGAGAGCUAACACUAUUAUGUGCAAGGUGUUCCUGCAGCACCUGUCGGCGCUGAGCGGUCGCGGGUCGUUCGGCGCGCUGUGGGCGCGCGUGGUGGGCGUGCAGCGCGCGCUCGUGGCGGCGGGCGCCGACGACGCGCUCACCGAGGCCGCGCUCGAGUCGCUCAAGAACAUGAUCCUCGUCAUGGACUCCGUGCGGAUAUUUAGCAACAGCAACGGCGAUGGAUACAACGAUCUGUGGUACUUAACGUGGGAGAAAAUAGGAGAGUUCAUGCCUACUCUAAAAGAAGAACUUUUCCCACAAGCGAAAGACAACACGAAGCCAUCAUCAAACCUUCCCAGUCACAUGCAACCGACCCUACCCACCAACCUUCCAACCCUGGUCCCGCUCGGCCCCAGCACGCCCACGAUCCUGCCCCAGCCUCGCCCUAUCCAGGUCCAAACCUCUCUUAGUAUGACACAGUCGCCAAUACUUGGCCAAAUGUCGCCAACGUUGGCGCACUCGCCGGUGAACCUGAGCCAGACGCCGCCAAUGGCGACGCCAACAUUGGUCGCGCCGACGCCCGUGAGCGGAAUGGUGCCUAUUCGAAACCCACUGUAUGAUCAGACCGGGCUGACGUCAUCAGUUCUGCUCCAGCCUUUGAAUGAGAUGAUAUCCACACCGAUCGGCGUCUCGAUACAGUCGCAAAUGCCGAUCCUGUACCCGCAGGCUUCGAUGCCACCACCAAAACCACAAGAGCCUAUCACAACAGAGCAACCUGAAAGAUCCGAUCAAUUGCCAGUAUCACCACCGAUUGGAAAUAUCGAUCACUUAUCGACAUUACCGACUCAAAUUAUCGAGCAUCAAGCAACAGCGCCAGUGCAAAAUAUCGAUCAGCAAGUACCACCACUAAACCAAUAUAUCGAAUAUCAAACAUUACCGCACAUGCAGCAUAUCGGGCAUCAAAUUCAAACACCACAGCAAAAUCAAAAUAUCGAUCAUCAAGUGCUAUUAACCCAAAAUAUAGAUCAUCAAACAUCGACUUUAACCCCAAUUUCAACAGAACCAGUAUCGAUACAAAACAACAUUAUAGCAGAUACAAAUAACGACACAUCUACAACAGAACUUGUACAACAAAGUGAAUUGUACGCUGAGUAUUUAACUAACCCCUACAAUGAGAAUGAAUUAUCGACAAAAGAGGCCACACUAUACGAGCCGUCGAGUCUUAAAAAUCCGUUACUCUCAAUUAUCGAUAAGAAAUCCUAUAGUGAAAAUACGACUCCGAUGCACAGUAAUAAAACACAUUUUGGAUCGACAGACAAUGUGAGGCAGGAGUCUAGUAUAUUCAACUUUUCUAGUUAUUUCGGCUCGAGUCAAGGCAUGGGCGGUUCGGAGGUUUUCGAUACUCUAAUGUCAACACAAGAAGGAUAGCUGAACGAAUACGAUAUGGGUACCUGGCUGUAGAUAAUAUAGAUGAUUUUAAUUAUUUAAUAUCUAAAUUGAGACAAUUUUAGUCUGUGGUAUUCUUCAACUAACUUGGCACCUCGAUAAAUUUUCGCGCCAUCUUUCACAAGCCGAAUAAAAAUUGGCUGUAGUUUAAAUUUUAUUGUAUUCCAUAUUUGCUACGUUAUCAUUGCUUUAUACAAGGUGUCCUCAAUGUUAUUUUGUAUUUUCGUUAGAACCACCGAGGUGCCAACAUAAUAACAUAACUUUACUCUCACCUUGAUAUAUAAUGUAGACAAAUGUAUGUGCGCCUAUCAAACUGAUUAAUAUCAAAUGGACACCUAAAGACAUCCAUCACUCGGUGACUCAAGAUUAUAAUAAAAAUAUUUCGUCGUGGAUGUCAGACACUACGGGUGACACUAAUAUCGACCACUCAUUAGUCUCGAUUCGGCAAUUGAACCUUCUACAUCACUCGACUCAUUUUCCGCUACGUCACGACGCCGUUUUUAAGAUUUGAAAAUAUUUUUCGAUUUUCUAAAUACUGACGUGACCAUCUUUAGCAUUCAAAAUUAUUAUAUUGAACAAAAAGAACCUACUUAUUAACGAACGUUUCUAUUAAACCUUCUUUCUAUUAAACUUUUUUUUAAUCUAUCGCGUAAAUUGACCAAUCAGAACAAAGUAUUUUUUGACAUACUUGCAAUAUGUAUUCUGAUUGGUUUAUAGAUCGAAUAUUAAGAUUGGGUUCUUUUAUUGAAACGUCUUGUCUUUGCCAUGACAUUGGGUUAAGUAUAAUUAAACAUCACAUCCUACGAUUAUCUAUAGAUAUUUUAUUGAUAUAUCGUAGCUGGUUCGAGUUUGUCAAUGUCAAAGGGCCAUAUUAAUCAAUCUCAUCUUUGAGUAAACUCUCAAGAAGACAUGUAAUUUUUUGCACUAUUUAAUAAACCAAGCUUAAAAUGACGUUUAAGAACUUAAUCUCAGCUGAGUGGUUGCCGUUGAUAUAACAGAACUCCGCUGUCAAAAUCCGUCACAUAUUUUGACAUGAGAUAUCGUGUGAGCUGGUGUUACUAUGGGUUUAUUAACCAUGGAGUUACUUGAGAUGCUGGCCUUAACUUGAAACCAUCUCAGCUGAUAUCACACUACAUUGCGACUUCAGUUGCAUCUCUUAAUACAGCUCCAACAAUUUGUCAUUGAUCGGCCUCUGUAUAGAAAAUGUUAAAAGACGAUAACUUUAAAAAUAUUUCCCAUUUAUUGUAAAAAAAAGUGUUUUUAUUUAUUUUUCUCUGUGUUUUUGUUCCAAUGCAUUCAUUUAUUCAUUGUUUUUGUUUCGUAUAAAUUAACUUUUUAAAGAAAAAAUUAUGUGUAUCCAAAAUUAAUAUAUUUUUAUAUUUCUAUGUAUUCAAGUAAUAUAUUUGAUUGGUGAUAUUUUGUUACAUUAAACUAAAAUUUAUUUAAAUAAGGAUAUUUAUUUUUUGAGAGUAUAAUUUAAAUUAAAAACCUUCGUUAUAAUAAAAUGAUUAUUAAACUAUGAGUGUUAUCUUUAUCGUGCGGGAUCUAAAAUACCGAUGGCUCCUUCGCAUAGUCUUAAAUCCUAAAGUAUGAUAUUACACGGACCUGUUUUAGUGUAAAAUUAUUGUUUUAGUAAAUGUUUCUUCCUCUCCGGUUUGUCUCAUUAUUGACGAUCGUGACUUUCAAUUAUAAUCAUUAGAAAAUGUUUAAAACAUUUUACCCUAGUCCCUCUACGACCUAAUGCGUGAGAGCCAACGAAACAUUCGCAGGGGAAUUUGAAUAACUUGAAAUAUCUUUGAGUAAUGCGCACAUACUAAAUAUUAUACUCGUGCAUUACAUUAAAAAAUUUUAUAUGCAAGUAAAUUCUACACUGAUGGGUACAUUGCAAAGUAAAAAAUCAACUAGUUUUGGGGUUUAUUAAUGCAAACUAUCACAAAUGCGGGUAGGAACCGAUAAAUGUCUACAACGCCAUCUAGUGAAAUAAAUUUCAAGAUCGAUAAUCUAAUAAAUGAAUACCUUGUUUCAAUUACUAAUUAGUCGAAUUUAUGAAAUAUGUUUAAUGCUUUACUAUUGUUGUAAUUAUUGUAUAGUAAUGUGGUUUGAUUCAACAGAUUUUAAUUAAGUUAUGGUCGAUUCACUUCUAGAAAAACUAUAAAUAUUACUAUGCAAUAAUUAUGGCGCAUUUGUUGGAAAUGGUGAAGUUUUGCAUGUAUUUUAGUUAUUGAUGUAUAGAUAGGUGUUGUAUCUUACUACGGCUUAAUUUAUAAUUUGCAAAAAAAUUAUAUCGUAUAAUCUAUUUUUCUACAUACCACAUUCCAGAAAAUUACAUAAAUCUUCGACUUUAUUUUAUUAAUUUUUCAUAGUUUUGUGAUAAUUUUUGCGUAUCGGACAUAAGUGAUCGAUAUGUUCAUUUGUUUAAUGUUCGAUUGUAUAUCUACAUUGUUUCUCUGAUAUACUUGUACAAAAUUAUUGGAGAGCUCAAUUUUAAAUUGCAAAUUUUUAUAUAUAAUUAAUUUAAAAUUAAAAUUAUAAAUUAAAAAUAUUUAUUCAAUGUAUUUUAUUGGCCUUUUAUAAUUAUUUGUGAUGUUAUUAAUUGGUUCAAUAUUUAAUUGAUUUAGAAAAUUAUUUAUUGGCUGUCAUUUAAUUAUUAUUAUAUGGUACAAAUCCGAUCCAGAUGUGCCAAAAAAUAUUUUAUUUCGGUAUUAAAAUUUGAAAUUGAGCUCUUUAAUAGCCGAAGUCUGAAUAUCUAGAUUUCAGGCCUAUGUAAAAUACGUUACUAAUGUUGUGUUUGUAUAGAGAUGUAAAUGUACCAUAAUAUGUAACAUAUGUAUAACAGUUUAUUAAUAAAACACAUAUUAAAUGAAA